AUGGGAGCUGCUAUAGGUGAUACUUUCACCUGCUGUAGAAAGCACUAAAAUACUGGAUCCAUUGCUUCAAGCAAUUAAAAGUUUGGAAUAGGGAGAGAUCUUGAUGAAGCUGUAUUAGCUGCGACUAAAGACAGGAUGAAUUAGGCAGGAAAUCUGCUUAGUAUGCUGAAUUUAACAUUCUCCUGCGAAAAUUUGCCUAAUUUAGAUACAUUUACUAGGACUGACGCGAUGUGCGUAAUUUACUAAUAAAAAGGCAACGUAUGGCACGAAAUUGGAAGGACAGAAGUGAUCAUGGAUAAUCUCAACCCUAAAUUUAUUAAGUAAUUCACGGUUGAGUAUCACUUUGAGGAAAGAUAGAAAUUUAGAGUUGCUGUAUAUGAUGUUGAUGACUUUACUGCAAGAGCCAGUUUGGAAAGUCAUGACUUUGUGGGAUCAUAUGAGUUUAUGCUUCAUGAGAUUGUAACCUCUAAAGAUUAAAGGCUAAGAGUGCCUUUACAAAAUGACAAGGAGAAAUACAGGAAAAAUGGUUUUAUUGUUAUUACUGGUGAAGAAGUACAAGGAAACAGUAAUGAGAUGCUUGAGUUGCAAUUGAAUGGUAAUUUCGCCCAGUCAGGAUUCCUAUUUUUUAUCAUUUGCAAAACUCUGCCAAAUAAAGAAUCGAUUCCGAUGUACAAAUCAGAGAUUAAAGAGCCUGUUUAGCAAGGUAACUUUAGCUUUAGAUGGAAUCCAUUUAAAAUGCUAACAUCUGCAUUAUCAAACGAAGAAGAAGAUAGACCAAUCAAUAUAGAAAUUUAUCAGUCCUAAAAGAAUAAUAAUCAUAAGAAUUUAGGAACUGGAUAAUUUACUUUAAGGUAAAUUAGAGAGGGCAAUGGAUAAAUUGAUGUAUUCAAAAUUUAGAAAAAGAUUGGCUCUGUACAGAUUUUUAAAUAUGAAUUUUUCAAAAGAUACUCAUUUUUGGAAUAUGUAUUCGGAGGAUGCCAGAUUAAUCUAUCUAUUGCUGUCGACUUUACUCUUUCGAAUGGUGAGCCAACAUAACCUGAUUCUUUACAUUAUUUCGAUUAUCAAAGGAAUGAGUAUAUUUAAGCCAUUAACUCAGUCGGAUAAAUUCUAUAGUACUACGACUCUGACAAGUAGAUACCUUUCUAUGGUUUUGGGGGCUCUAUUCCACCUUACAAGGAUAGAGCUUCACAUUGCUUCGCAGUGAAUGGCGAUAUCUUUAAUCCAGAAGUUGAUGGAAUAGAAGGGGUGAUUGAAGCUUAUUAGCAUGCUUGCAAGAAUAUAAAACUGUAUGGUCCAACAUACUUCAGUGAGGUUUUGAAAAUGGUUGUCGAUGUUGCAAGCAACCAAUAAGUAUCUCAGGAAAACUAGCAAUAUUUUAUCCUCCUCUUAAUCACAGAUGGUAUUAUUAAUGAUAUAUAAAAGACUAUUGAUGAGGUUGUAAGAGGUUCAAAUUUACCCCUGAGCAUAAUUAUUGUUGGAGUUGGCAAUGAGAAUUUUAAGAGUAUGGAUGUGCUAGAUGCCGAUGAUGAGCCUUUAUACUCAAAUGUACAUAAAAAAUAUAUGGAAAGAGAUAUUGUACAGUUUGUCCCAUUCAGAGAAUUCAAAAAUAAUCCAAUUUAAUUAGCCAAAUAAACUCUAGAGGAGGUGCCCAACCAGCUUAUAAGUUAUUUUGAAAAAGCAAAGAUAGUCCCUAAGCAAGUAAGAGAGGAGUAAAAGUAAAUUAUAAAGAGAUAGCUAUCAAGGCAAAGAACAUUAAAAGAGGAGAAUAAACAACAAGAAUUACCUCCAUAUUUUGAAAAGCUAAAGGAAGAAUUCAUUUAAAAGAGUAUUGAAAUGGGUAUCAAUAAACAAGAUCUAUUGAAUUUUCUAAAUAAGGAAAGUAUUCCUGAAUUGAACUAUGAAAUUGUGUUAGACAUGAGAAAUUACAAAAAUGUACUUAAGAUCAAUCCAAAGCAAAACAAUAGCAAUGCUCAAAUAAAACCCAAUAGACCCUAAUAAAAUUAUGACUAUAAAUAUGAAGAUUAUCAGGAAGAGAGCGUUCACGAAUUCGAUUAGACUGAUGCUAAUUCUAGAAGUAGGAUACCAAUGCAGAAUAACAAUAGACAAUCUAUUAGAAGUCACAAAACUCAGGAAGUCUUGCCAAAACAACCACCCUUAGUGCACAAACCUUCAGCCUAAGAUGAAUGCAAGAUAUGCUUUAGUAACAAGAACAAUACAGUCCUGGUGCCCUGUGGGCAUAAAUGCGUAUGCUUUGAAUGUUCAAGCAAGAUUAAGAAUAUCUGUCCAAUCUGUCGCAAAAAUGUUGCAUAGGUAGUGAAAGUAUUCGAAACAUGA